CCCGUCACUCAAAGCCAAUGCUUCCCUUGCCUCCAGUGGUGAUGUACGAGGAGGAGAACAUGCCGGCCAAGGAUGGAAUCAUGGCAGCCAUCAAGCACCUGGAGUCAACCGCGUCCGAAGGGGUCACGUUGGGUCGGAAGGACAUGAUGGCGGUCAAACAAGGAGACGACAUCGAGGUGACAGUGAACGCAACCUGUGAUUUAGUGGACGCGGCCAUAGACGCAUCCGAACCCCCGCACAUUGUCUUAGACGCGACCACGGCGGGGAUUAUGUCCGAAACCGUGAAAUCUUUCACCAGAGCUCUCGCCUUGCCUACGUUUUCGGCUUCGUACGGACAGGAUGGGGACCUGAGGGAAUGGCGCGACCUGACAUCAGACGAGGAGAACUACCUCGUUCAGCUGAUGCCUCCCGGUGACAUCAUCGUGCAGGCCAUCAGGGACAUCGUGCGCACUCAGAACAUCUCGAACGCUGGCAUCAUAUACGAUGAGACGUUCGUAAUGGAACACAAGUACAAGUCGCUGCUUCAGAACCUUCCCUGUCGACAUAUCAUGACGAUGGUGGAGAAGACAGAGGCAGGGCUCAGGAAUCAGACGAGGAGGCUAAAGGACGCUGACAUCGUGAAUUACUUCGCCGUGGGAAAUCUCAAGACCAUAAGCAAGAUCCUGGAUGCUGCGACUUUCAACGGGAUGUUUGGCCGGAAGUAUGCUUGGUAUGCGCUCUCGAAGCAACGCCAGGACCUGGAGUGUGGGUGCGAGAACGCCUCCGUGGUAUUCCUCCGACCCCACAGCACUUCGGAGAUGCGAGGGAGGCUGCAGAUGCUCGAGAAGAACUACCAGCUGAUGACCGUCCCGCAGAUCGACUCCGCGUUCUAUUUCGACUUCGCUGUGAGGGGGCUCAAGGCGGCGAGCCGGCUAGCCGAACAAGGGAAAUACGCUGACUUCAACUUCCUGAAAUGCUCCGAGUUCGAGGAAGGGAACCCGCCUGUGCGAGGCGGCUUCGACCUCCGCGGCGCCCUCAAGACGGUCCCCGCCGAGAGCUGGGCCACCAUCACCUGGGGCAUGAACGGCAUGAGUUACCUGGACCUCACCCUCACCAUCGACAAGUUUAUGAUCUUGCGAGGGAGGACGGCGGAGCGCAAAUCCCUGGGCGAGUGGGAAGCUGGGAUGCCCGGCACGCUCAUGUUCAAGAGCGGGAUGAACUUGAACGAUUUCCAGGCCGUGACAGUGUACAGGGUGACGACCGUACAGCAGCCUCCGUUUAUAAUGAAGAGGGUUAACGAAGACGGCCAAGAGGAGUUCUACGGUUACUGUAUCGACCUCAUCAACGAAAUUAAGAAGAUUGUUAAUUUCAGGUACGAAAUUGCUGAGGCACCCGACGGUAAAUUUGGCACCAUGGAUGAGAAUCACGAAUGGAACGGGAUGAUUAAACAGCUGAUUGAUAAGCAAGCAGACAUCGCCCUCGCGCCCCUCUCCGUCAUGGCAGAGCGCGAGAACGUCGUCGAUUUCACUGUUCCCUAUUACGAUCUCGUGGGCAUCACUAUCCUCAUGAAGAAGCCAAAAGUACCCACUUCGCUCUUCAAGUUUCUGACUGUGUUGGAGCCCGAGGUGUGGGUGUGUAUCCUCUUCGCCUACGGGUUUACAAGCAUUCUCCUCUACAUCUUCGAUCGCUUCAGCCCCUAUAGUUAUCAGAAUAACAAGGACAAAUACAAAGACGAUGACGAAAAGAGAGAAUUCACUUUGAAGGAAUGUCUUUGGUUCUGCAUGACGUCACUCACUCCUCAGGGUGGUGGCGAGGCUCCCAAAAACUUAUCUGGCCGACUGGUGGCAGCAACUUGGUGGCUCUUCGGUUUCAUUAUCAUUGCUUCGUACACUGCUAACUUGGCUGCUUUCCUGACUGUCUCCCGUCUGGACACGCCCAUCGAGUCCCUGGACGACCUCAGCAACCAGUACAAGGUGCAGUACGCGCCCAUGAACGGGACUUCCACCAUGACCUACUUCGAGCGCAUGGCCUACAUCGAGAAGAAGUUCUACGAGAUCUGGAAAGACAUGUCGCUGAACGACUCCAUGAGCGACAUCGAGCGCGCCAAGCUGGCCGUGUGGGACUACCCGGUCAGCGACAAGUACACCAAGAUGUGGCAGAGCAUGCAGGAGGCGGGUCUUCCGGGGAACUUCCAGGACGUCCUCACGCGCGUCAGGAAGUCCACGUCGUCCAGCGAGGGAUUCGCCUAUUUGGGUGAUGCCACUGACAUCCGGUAUCUCGUCCUCACCAACUGUGAUCUACAGAUGGUCGGAGAAGAGUUCUCGCGCAAACCAUAUGCCAUUGCAGUCCAGCAGGGUUCGCCCCUCAAGGACCAGUUUAACGAUGCCAUCCUGAAGCUCCUGAACCAACGUAAGCUGGAGACGCUGAAGGAGAGGUGGUGGAACCAGAACCCGGAGAAGAAGAAGUGUGAGAAAGAUGAUGACCAGAGCGACGGCAUCAGCAUCGAGAAUAUUGGUGGUGUGUUCAUCGUGAUCUUCGUGGGAAUCGGGCUGGCGUGCGUGACCUUGGCCUUCGAAUACUGGUGGUACAAGCAUCGCAAGGGACCCCGUGUUACCGACUCCGCGAAGGUGCUCUCGGUGAGGGAGAUUGAGAAGACGGAGAAAUCGAACUUCAAUACGGAAUAUAACGGCACAAAUAACGGCUUUGACAUCGCACCGGUUGGCAAUCCUUGGUAGUCUUGCAACGAAGGAACCCCGACCUUGCUCAGGCCUGCCAUAUGGUGGCAACGCUGGGAAGCUGCAUGUGACGUCACGCGGUCGCUUAUGCAACAAUUACGUCAGGCGUUUCGUGGUCGAAAGAAGACAAUGGGUCUUGAUAAUUAGGUAUAAAAGUUAUCAUUAUUUGUUUUUUUUUCCCCUGUAAAGUGGAAAUGUUAUGUUAAAAGCAAGCAAACGCUCUUUUGAUUUAAAUCUUUUUGUUUCAUAAUUACACCUAUAUAUAAUGUCUUGUGUUGUAAGAAAUAUAUACAUAUCUAUUUUUGUGAGAAAGAAAAGUGUCUUGGAGAGUAAAAACAUUUAAAAUCGAGCAUAGUUCAAAAUAAGCAGAACUGACUGUAUUUUACUCAAAAAAUUGUUCGCAUAAAAUAGUUUAUUCCAGUGUUUGCACUUUAUAUUAUAACCUUAAUCAAGAUCGUGUUGUAGAUAUAUCACAACCAGUUAGUUUUUAACUUUAAAAGCGCAAUGCCCUUAACAUUAUGAAACGUAGGAAUUUUAUAGUUAGUGAAAUGACAAGAUAUAUUUACGAAAUAAAGAAGACCGAGAGACAGAUACAGAAAAUAGUGUAGCAGGAAUCCUUGCUAGAAAGUAGCAGAGAGCGAUUGGAACUAGCGGUGCAAAGUACAAAGUGUUGGAGAAAAUGCACAAAUCAUAGUUACAUAAUAUGAUGAUAUUUUAACCUGAAGUAAAAUAUCUAUGGUAGUAAGCACAUUCUAGAUUAUUCUACGUCAGUAUACAACAUAUAGUAUUUAAGUAGCACUUCUCGCUAUACAAAUAUCUUCACUAUAACGUGGUCUCUUUUCUUAAACGACUAACUGGAAAAUUUCUCCUGUUGCCAUAUGUGGGAUAUACGUUUAAUAUUAAAUAAAU